AGUCCCUCGGGGGACUAGGGGUUGCACAUCUCCCGGCAGAGCCGUGGGAUUUCAGGGUGCCACGAGGCCCCAGACAGCUGCUCCCCGGACGGGGGGGCUGCACGCCGAUGCUGGGGCCGGGCGGUGGCUCCAAGACUGUCCCGGGAGCGCUGAGGAGGAAAAAUCCCAGCGGGGCCGGGCCGGCGCGGGCCCACCACGCAGCGGCCGCCCAAGAUGGCGGAGCACAGCUGCGCGACGCGCAUGCGCGCUGCGGUCUCGGCGCCUAAGAUGGCGGCGGCCGGCAGUGUUGAGGCCGUGGAAGGGGCUGCGGUGGCUGUGGGGGGCUCGGCCGAAGCGGCCGCGCCGGGCCCUGCGGUGGGCGAGGCUCCGCCGCUGCCGGGGCUGCAGCUGGUGCAGCAGGGCGCUGAGGCGCGGGUGUACCGGGGGCGCUUCCUGGGGCGGGCGGCCGUGGUGAAGCUCCGCUUCCCGAAGCGGUACCGGCACCCGGCGCUGGAGGAGCGGCUCAGCCGGCGGCGCACGGCGCAGGAGGCGCGCUCCUUGCUGCGGUGCCGCCGGGCAGGGAUUCCGGCCCCAGUGGUCUACUUCGUGGAUUAUGUGACCAACUGCAUAUAUCUCGAAGAUAUCGUAGGCUCGAUUACUGUUCAAGACCACAUUAAUUCCGUACAAGACAGUGGAAAUGACACCAGUAGCCUCCUUAAUUUAGCAGAGAAGAUGGGCGAGCUGUUAGCAAGGAUGCACGAUGAAGACCUUAUACACGGGGAUCUGACGACUUCCAAUGUACUUCUGCGACCACCUGCUGAGAAGCUGGACUUGGUGUUGAUAGAUUUUGGACUCAGUUUUAUUUCAGGUCUUCCAGAGGAUAAAGGGGUUGAUUUAUAUGUUCUGGAAAAAGCCUUCCUUAGUACUCAUCCCAAUACAGAAACUCUGUUCAAAGCCCUACUAAAGGCCUAUGCAGCAACGUAAAAGUCUGGCCCUGUGAUGAAAAGGCUGGAUGAAGUGAGGCUAAGGGGAAGGAAGAGAUCCAUGGUGGGGUGAAAGAGAGCAGGCAUCGGGAUGGAGAAAUGUUGCUACUUAGGUUCUACGAGUAUGGUUAUUUAUACUUCCAGUUGGUUUUAUUUCACAGGUUACUAUUUUGAUAACUGUGUCUUACAUUAAAUAAAAAUGAAUUUG